AUGUCUGAAGGUCAAGUCUCGCCAAUGGUGGUGGUGGCGAUGGACAGAGACAAGAGCAGCCAGAACGCCUUCAAGUGGGCUCUGGACAACCUCGUCACGGCAGGACAAACCCUCACCCUCCUCCAUAUCAACACCAAGACCUCGAUGGGCCAAGAGGAUGAAGCCAAUUACAUUGCCAAUAUCACAAGAGACAUCAUCAAUCCUUGCAAAUGCUUCUGCGCUCGAAAGGAUGUGCAAUGCAAGGAAAUCAUAGUGAAAGAAAGUGAUGUUGCCAAAGCAAUCAUAGACUUCGUUUCGAAUAUUGUAGUCGAAAAGCUCGUUGUUGGUGCAUCACCCAAAGGCGGAUUCGUCAGAGCAUUCAGAAGCACGGACCUCAGCACUACCAUCUACAAAGGGGUUCCUGAUUUCUCCACUGUCUACGUCAUCUCAAAGGGGAAGGUCUUGUCCCUGAGGAAUGCCUCCCGGCCGCCGCCGACCCUCCCGCCGCCUAUUCGCUCACAAAUCCAAGCGCAACCGAUCGCCAUAUCUGAAUCAGCAAGACCAAGCAACAGGAAUGCCAUGAAAGGUCUGUUGCCUCUGAAGAACUUGUCAUAUUUCAUAGCUGUAAGUGAGACUCCGGUUGGCCCAUGGAGUUCACAGAAAGAGAGUGAUUCGAUCAAGUCACCUUUUAACAGAGGAACACGAGCUUCGGCCACAAGAUCAUAUGGAGAGAUAAUGGUGGAGAGCGAUAUAUCAUUCGUGAGCAGUAGUAGGCCGAGCAUCGACCACGGAUACCCCCAGAGAUACUCCAACAUGCUGGACAACUACGAACGCAAUUUCGAGUCGCCGCGCAAGUCGGUGGGUGCGUACUCGAUAGGGAACGAACAACAUUCUUCCCUGUCUCAUGAAAGUUCAUCAUCUCAGUCUGUGGACGAUGUCGAAACAGAGAUAAGAAGGUUGAAGUUAGAACUCAAGCAAACCAUGGACAUGUAUAGCACAGCCUGCAAGGAAGCACUUACAGCCAAACAAAAAGCAAUGGAGCUUCAGCGCUGGAAGAUGGGGGAAGAGAAGAGGCUAGAAGAAGCUACGCUCGCCUUGGCAGAGAGCGAGAAAGCGAAAAGGAUCGCAGAGUCUGAAGCACAGAGGGCGUCGAAUCCAGACUCACAUGCAAAUCUCAGGUAUAGAAGGUAUUCGAUAGAGGAGAUUGAAGCCGCCACUGAAAACUUCCUAGAGAAGAGGAAAAUUGGAGAAGGUGGUUACGGCCCUGUUUACAAGUGUAAUCUAGAUCAUACACCAGUGGCGAUCAAGGUAUUGCGUCCGGAUGCUGCUCAUGGAAAGUCUCAAUUUCAGCAGGAGGUAGAAAUACUGUGUUGCAUUCGACAUCCAAACAUGGUGCUACUGCUAGGCGCUUGCCCGGAGUACGGCUGCCUUGUGUACGAACACAUGGCGCUCGGGAGCUUGGAAGAUCGUCUGUUCAGGAGAGGGAACACGCCGCCCAUUCCAUGGCAGCACAGGUUCCGAAUUGCGGCGGAGAUCGGCACCGGCUUGCUCUUCCUGCACCAGACCAAGCCCGAGCCGUUGGUCCACAGAGACCUGAAGCCCGCGAACAUCCUGCUCGAUAGGAACUACGUGAGCAAGAUCAGUGACGUCGGACUCGCUCGCUUGGUGCCCCCUUCCGUGGCGAACAACGUCACCCAGUAUCGCAUGACGGCCACGGCCGGCACGUUCUGCUACAUCGACCCGGAGUAUCAGCAGACGGGCAUGCUCGGCACCAAAUCCGACGUCUACUCGCUGGGAAUCUUGCUGUUGCAGCUGAUCUCUGCCAAGCCUCCCAUGGGGCUGUCGCACUACAUGGAUCGUGCCAUCGAGAAGGGGACGUUCGGAGAAAUGUUGGACCAGUCGGUGCCUGAUUGGCCAGUCGAGGAAGCUUUGAGCUUGGCCAAGGUAGCGCUCAAGUGCGCGGAGCUCAGGAAGAAGGACAGGCCGGACCUUGCGACGGUGAUACUUCCGGAGCUCAAUAGACUCCGGGAGCUUGCGGAGGAUAACUUGGAGUACGGUGGGUUUGGCAUGGGCUCCUUUCCUUCAUCCAUCUCUAGUCACGUCUCGACGCAAGUAUGUUUAUCUGAUUUUGUGAUUGAAAUCAUUGAAUGUCGAACAUGAAUGUAAUAUGUGUCUCUUUCUUUUGUUUCAGGAUGGGAUGAAUGGGCAUGGAACGAUACGAUCUGGGAGUGAAAGCUCGAGAAGCCCGAAUAGUGGAAUAGGAAUGCUGGGAAGAAGAUGAGCAGCUUCCAAGAACAGGGAAGAAACGAUCGGGGUCAAAAGUGAGAUGAGUUGAUCAAAUCUCUGUAUGAUGUAUAUAAAGAUCCAAUCUUGUGAUGUAAUUGAAUGAUCAUCAAUACAAUUUGUUUAAUUCUUUCUUCUCGACUGGCAAAAACUGCACAAUCAAUUGAGAAUAUAUGCAAAACUAGCAAUUUCAAGCAUGUUACUACUCGCUACACAGUUUGUGGAUAUAUGUAUAGAACAAU